GGAUAUUACUGGUCCUCUCUCCACUGCCGGCCGAACGUGUUCGAAAGGAAAUUGUUCUCGGCACCGAAAAAGGACAUGGGAUUCGGUGAUCUGAAGUCAAGAUCAGGCUUAGAAGCCUUGAAUAAAUACCUCGAAGAUAAAAGCUAUAUCGAGGGCAACGUUCCUUCUCAAGGCGAUAAUGUGGUGUUUCAAGCACUGUCAGCGUGUCCAUCAGCAGAUCUUGCACAUGCCUUACGCUGGUACAAUCACAUUGCUUCAUUUGGUGCUGAGAGGGCCUCUUUUCCUGGCAGCAAAAAAGAUCUAGGCAGCUAUGGUUCUGCAGCAGUCACAAAUGGUAGCGCUAAAAAGAAUGAUGAUGACGACUUUGAUCUCUUUGGCUCAGAUUCUGAGGAGGAAGAGGAUGACGAAGAGACAAAGAAACGUAAAGAAGAAGAGUUAAGGAAGUACCAUGAAAAGAAAGCUAAAAAAAAACAAGUUAUAGCCAAAUCAAGUAUUCUUCUGGAUGUAAAACCCUGGGAUGACGAGACAGACAUGAAAGAAUUGGAGAGGCUAGUUCGUUCAGUCGAAGCUGAUGGUCUUCUUUGGGGCGCAUCAAAACUUGUUCCUCUUGCUUAUGGAAUCAAGAAGUUACAGAUCAACUGCGUCGUUGAAGAUGACAAAAUCUCAACAGACUUCUUGGAAGAAGAGAUCACCAAAUUUGAAGAUUUUGUCCAAUCUGUUGACAUAGCUGCCUUCAAUAAAAUCUAAUGUCAGAAUUAUGGACUAGGAUUUAAAAAUAAAGUAAAAAGGAAAAGAA